UCGCCCGCCCGCGCCCGGCACAGCUCGGCCAGAGCGUUCGCGGAGCUGAGCGCGCGUCCGCCCGGGGGGCUCCGGCGGCUGCCCUGGCCCGCGGCCCCCGCCCUGGCUCCCGCCUUCCCUUCCUCGCUUGCUGCCUCCCUUCCUUCCGCGGCUCCGGUGCCCUCCGUCCUCCUGGCAUCCCGCGGCUCCGUGCCCCCCGCAGCCACGAUGCCGGCGGCCCGGCCGCCCGCCGCGGGACGCGGCAGGAUCGCGCUGUUCCUCGCUCUGCUCCUGGGAAGCCCCGCGGCAGCUCUGGCAGGAGAUAUGCCACUGGAGGGAGACACUGGUCCUUCGGGUACUUACCUUCUGCCCUCGGGAGCCAUGGGGAGCAGCAGUCUGAGCCAAGAGACCCCCGAAGAUAGAGUGACCAUGGCCCCUCUGAAUCCAGCACAGCUCGGGGAAGAGCUUCAUGAGCCUGAGUUGGAAGGGACAGUCCCGUCCGCGCCUCAAGACUCAGUGGCCCCGUCCAUACUGCUUCCACUUCCGGAGGAGCUGGGCACCAGGCACGCCUCCCCGCCGAGGAAGAAGGCGCCUUCGCUCAAGCAGGUGAACUCAGCCAGGAUGCAGCUGAGGCCCAAGGCCACCUCUGUAGCAGCGGUCCAGAGGGUGGGGUCCCAGCCAGCAUCCCCUGGCCUGGGUCUCCUCUCCUCCGCUACGGAGAAGCCUCAACCCCCAGGGGACCUGGACCACCUGGCUUCCACAGGAGAGGAGACUGGCACCCUGUCCUCGGAGGAGCCCCUCUGGCUGGAGCGGAAGGAAAGUGCGGUCCCCACGACGCCUGCACCCCUGCAGAUCGCCCCCUUCACCUCGCAGUCGCCAUUGGCCCACACGCUCCCCCAGGGCCCCGACCCCGACGCCGGGGCACCCGCCAUGCCCGAGGAGGCCCACGAGGCUCCCCCUGAGAACGCCAGUCCCAUGACCCUGAUGGACAAAGGUGAGAAUGAGCUGACCGGGUCGGCCUCAGAGGAGAGCCAGGAGACCACGACGUCCACCAUCAUUACCACCACGGUCAUCACCACCGAGCAGGCCCCAGCUCUCUGCAGUGUGAGUUUCUCUGAUCCUGAAGGGUACAUCGACUCCAGUGAUUACCCACCAUUGCCUCUCAACAGCUUCCUGGAGUGCACCUACAAUGUGACAGUCUACACUGGUUACGGAGUGGAACUGCAGGUAAAGAGCGUGAACCUGUCCGAAGGGGAGCUGCUUUCCAUCCGCGGGGUGGACGGCCCCUCCCUGACUGUUCUGGCCAACCACACCCUCCUGGUGGAGGGGCAGGUAAUCCGGAGCCCCACCAAUACCAUCUCCGUCUACUUCCGGACCUUCCAGGACGACGGCCUGGGGACCUUCCAGCUGCACUACCAGGCCUUCAUGCUGAGCUGCAACUUUCCCCGCCGGCCAGACUACGGGGACGUCACGGUGAUGGGCCUGCACUCGGGCGGGGUGGCCCACUUCCACUGCCACCUGGGCUAUGAGCUGCAGGGAGCCGAGACACUGACGUGCAUCAAUGCCUCCAAGCCCCACUGGAGCAGCCCGGAGCCCGUGUGCUCAGCCCCUUGUGGAGGGGCUGUGCAUAAUGCCACCAUCGGCCGCGUCCUCUCCCCGAGUCACUCGGGAAGUACCAACGGGAGCCAGCUCUGUGUGUGGAUGAUUGAAGCUCCAGAGGGUCAGAAGCUGCAUCUGCACUUUGAGAGGCUGUCGCUGCACGAGAAGGACAGGAUGAUGGUCUACAGCGGGCUGACCAACAAGUCCGCUCUUCUCUAUGACUCCCUCCAAACCGAGAGCGUCCCCUUUGAGGGCCUGCUAAGUGACGGCCACACCAUCCGCAUCGAAUUCACUUCUGACCAGGCGCGGGCAGCCUCCGCCUUCAACAUCCGGUUCGAGGCCUUUGAGAAAGGCCACUGCUACGAGCCCUACAUUCAGAACGGUAACUUCACCACAUCCGACCCGACCUAUAACAUCGGAACGGUAGUGGAGUUUACCUGCGACCCAGGCCACUCUCUGGAGCAGGGCCCGGCCAUCAUUGAGUGCAUCAACGUGCGGGACCCGUACUGGAACGACACAGAGCCCCUGUGCAGAGCCAUGUGUGGCGGGGAGCUCUCUGCUGUGGCCGGGGUGGUGCUGUCCCCAAAUUGGCCAGAGCCCUAUGUGGAAGGUGAAGAUUGUGUCUGGAAGAUCCACGUAGGGGAGGAGAAACGGAUCUUCUUAGAUAUCCAGUUCCUGAACUUGAGCAACAGUGACAUCCUGACCAUCUACGACGGUGAUGAGGUCACGCCCCACAUCUUGGGCCAGUACCUCGGAAACAGCGGUCCCCAGAAGCUGUACUCAUCCACGCCGGACCUGACCAUCCAGUUCCACUCGGACCCCGCCGGCCUCAUCUUCGGGAAGGGCCAGGGAUUCAUCAUGAACUACAUAGAGGUGUCAAGGAACGACUCCUGCUCAGAUUUGCCGGAGAUCCAGAAUGGCUGGAAAACCACUUCUCAUACAGAGCUGGUGAGGGGAGCCAGAAUCACUUACCAGUGUGACCCCGGCUAUGACAUCGUGGGGAGUGACACCCUCACCUGCCAGUGGGACCUCAGCUGGAGCAGCGACCCCCCGUUUUGUGAGAAAAUUAUGUACUGCACCGACCCCGGGGAGGUGGACCACUCGACCCGCUUGAUUUCGGACCCUGUGCUGCUGGUGGGCACCACCAUCCAGUACACCUGCAACCCCGGCUUCGUGCUGGAAGGGAGCUCUCUGCUGACCUGCUACAGCCGCGAAACCGGCACGCCCAUCUGGACGUCCCGCCUGCCCCACUGUGUCUCGGAGGAGUCCCUGGCGUGUGACAACCCAGGGCUACCUGAAAACGGGUACCAAAUCCUGUACAAGCGACUCUACCUGCCUGGAGAGUCCCUCACCUUCAUGUGCUACGAGGGCUUUGAGCUCAUGGGCGAAGUGACCAUUCGCUGCAUCCUGGGACAGCCAUCCCACUGGAACGGGCCACUGCCCGUCUGUAAAGUGAAUCAAGACAGCUUUGAACACGCUUUAGAAGUAGCAGAAGCGGCAGCGGAAACGUCUCUGGAAGGAGGAAGCAUGGCGCUGGCUAUCUUCAUCCCAGUCCUUGUCAUCUCCUUACUGCUGGGAGGAGCCUACCUCUACAUCACCAGAUGUCGCUGUUACUCCAGCCUCCGCCUGCCCCUCAUGUACUCCCACCCCUACAGCCAGAUCACCGUGGAGACCGAGUUUGACAACCCCAUUUACGAGACAGGGGAAACAAGAGAGUAUGAAGUUUCCAUCUAGAGAGAGCUCCACUUGAGAAGGGAACUUACAGACAGGAAUUCAACAACAGCCUCCUCGAGAAAUUCAUCCAGAGACCACGUGGCAUUUGAUGGAAACCCCAGAGUGUUGACUGUCUUUUCUUUAGACUCUUUAUUGAAGAUUUGCUGUUUUCUUCACUGUAUUUAUUAUAUUUAAAAUCGAAAUAGGUGUGGUUGGAUGUAUUGCAGCUGCAGCCAAAUUCAUGGUACAGCCUCAAUCCUGAAGCCAGCUGGAGGGCCUACAAAAUGGCAAAUAUAGCAGCAGGGGGAAGAGAAGGGGAAGAAAGAGGCUGAGUUUCUCCCAGCAGCGCUGCCGUGCUAUGGCUACAUCAGAUUGCAUGCAUCUUCGCAAUCCACGCCCAUGGCGUUUUUUCCUACAAAUCUAAGUCCCAAGAUUAGGUUGGAAAGGGUGUUUCUUGUUGAAUUAACUUGGGUUGGAAUUUAGCAUGGGUCCUUAAACAGGUCUGCUCCAAAACCCACAUGUGUCCUCCCUUCCAGUUUUCGCAGCUUCUCAAAGGUCCCGCCCCAUCCCCACCCCCCACGGCCCCUCUGAAGGCAGCAAAGGUGUUACCACAUCGACAUUCCCUUCUACUACCCUGGCCUCGCUGGAUGCCGGCAAACUAAGAAAAUGUUUUCUCUCCAUAAAGGCGACAGAUGACAAAGGAAAAUUUUCAGAGAAGAUGAGAGGUUUGAGAGUUCCAGUGAAGAAUUGGAUGAGGGGGAGCAUUAGGUAAGGGAGUCGAGCUAAUUAAAUGUUCUUUCCUCUGACACUCUUUCAACGAUGAAAUUGAUGCUCCAAGUGCCAGAAUUGUUCAGCGAGGCCACCCUCAAGCUGCGAGAAUAGAUCCGCAGGCUUUGGACGUGUGAGCAGCACCCCCCGUAUAGUUAAAAGGGUUUGUGUAGCAGGAGAGACAUCCAGGGGUGAGCUCUGGUCCCCUCUCGGGGUCCCGGAAGGCCAGAGCCCUCAAAAGAGAGGAGACUCGAGUGCACUGUCACCCUAAGAGGUGACACCUUCAGAAUACACUUGCCUUCCAGUAUUUUGCGGGGAGAGAGGGUCCUCAAAGAAGAAACUACUUUUCCAGUGUUUGAAGCUCUGCCCAGAUGUUGGAUGGUGGCAUGAACACUUGACAUGGACCAUGGAGGUGCAGAGGAACAGGGCCACGGGGAUUAGAACCAUGACAGCAUCCACCCCCAUCACACGAUUCGAUCUCCGAUGGGGAGAGAAGGAGGGGUUCCAAGCCAAAAAGGAAUUCUCGGCAUCUCAUUAAUACUAUGAGCGUCCUUGUGUGUUAUCAGGGUCCUUUCGCCCUAACCCAGUGGGACUGGUGAGUGUGUGACUAUCUUCCAGAAGAUUCUUUUCUAAGUAAGUAUAAAGAGAAGGCAGAGGGUGAGGCUGCAGGGAGGAAUCGUGUGUGUGAGGCUGAUCCACCUCCCGAGGGAUGGCCGAUGGCUCAGAGAGGCACACGGGUCCAGUGGCUUUGAGGGCCCUCUUUGGCGCCUUCCCAGGCUCUCUAGAAUUGUUCUAAACUAGCUAGUUUUCAAACCAGAAAAGACCUUUCUGGCUGCCACGGCUUUGGGAGAAUGGCCGGGAGUCCACGUUUUUGGUAGCUUGCCUGGGAAGCAUCUGGAACGGAAUACAGCAGUUGGCUUUGUGCGCACACACCUACCCUUCCCACCCCCAGCCAGGAGCUUGGACCUCAGUCUGGAGGGAUCUGAGGCCCAAGUAUUUCCCUCCUGCCGGAAAAGCAUCCCCCACACGUGCUCCUUCGAGCUUGCAUUCGGGAAGCACCGCGAGAUCAGUAAAGGCUGCCCCCCUCAGCCACUCCGAGCCCCCCCACCCCCGUCUUAUUCGGUCAUUUUCUAAAGUCAGAAUCUGGUCUUGGCUUUUAUUUCUAUUUGAUGCUUCUUCUAAACCUAACCCUGGGUCAUCCGAACGAAGAACUCUUAAUGAUUUUUAAUUUUAGAACAUACUAUGGUUAUGUGAACACUAAACACUUGCCUUUCAUAAAGACUGACGAAAUAUACAAUCUUUAUGCUAACCCUGUCCCCUAAAACUGGCCAGGCCGUGGCCCAGCAAUUCUUCUUGGUUGUUGGACGGACAGAGAGGUGUUGAUUUUUAUUUUGUUUUUCCAGGAUACCAGUGUCUUUGUUCUGUCUUAGAAGUAUGACACCUGUAACCAUGUUUUUAAAAGUUUGUUUUAGCCUAAAGCUGGAGUGGGCAAGCUUGACAAUGUACAGUGUGAUUGAAAAGACAGGUUGGUGUCUAUUUUUCUUUUCGAAAUACCUGAAUGUGUCUUUGUAAUAGGUAAAGGUAAAACAAAUAAUAAUAAUAGUGCCAAAAAUGUACCAGGCAUCUCAUUUCCGCUCACGUCAUGUCUGUUUUUUAUAAGACCAAUGUGAAAACCCACUGGGAUUAAAUAUUUUUGAAUCGGAUACAAUCUUGAGAAACUCAAGAAUGGACUGAACCUUCCUACAAGCUACUCUUUGUUUUGAAAACAUCGGGGAAACACGUUUACAGCUAUUUCGAGCUUCAAUGAAUGAGUGUGAUGGUGUGUAUUACAUGCUAAUUCUCCUAAGCUGUAUCUGUCAGCCACCCCCAACCCCGGGCUUAUAAAAAUGCACGCCCUCCACCCUCUUCAGCUUGGAGCUCAUCCUUCUGCUGUUUGUCGGGGGCAGGGGGUACAAUUAUUGAGCCAACUUGAUGGCCGUCCUUACUUCGUUCCAUAGACAUGCUUUAAAAAUGAUCUUCUGAAGCCAGCUCCUUGGAGAGCCUACAGAUCCUCAAGCUGAUAGCUUUGGAAACAGCCAAACAGCCCAGCAGGAAGCAAAGUGGCUCUGUAAUCGGGAUGGUUGUAUAAGCAGAAAGGACUUGGCAGAUAUAUGGGUAGAUUCAGGCUGAGCGUGAGCCUUGGGCAAAAAUGACCUUUUCUUUGGGGUCAAUCCAAAGGGUAUCGCUUUCCAAUGCUCUUGAGGGGCCACUGGGUCAUCUGAGGCCAGGUUUGAUUGAGUUGUUCAGCACCCCCCAAAGGUACGCUUUCUCCUGGGGAGUUUCCAUUUCCAUUUGAUGUCCAAACCGAAUAAAAAUGCAAAACAAACUUUCUAAGCUAAUGAAAUUAAGUCAUUUUCCACUUUGUAUAUACUGAUGCUAAUAAAACAAAUGAAAAAGAGUCAGAUCAGUGGGGUUUUUGUUACAAAGGCUCCAGGAUGACACGAAGUGGCAUGUUUCCAGUUUCUGGGGGUUCAGUUGGGGUAACACCCACUGACACUUUGAAUGCCAAGACAGGACGGCCAACUCGGGACUGGUUCCGGGAACAUUUGGGGAGUGUGUGGAACGAGGCACGUCCGCUGCCAUCUUCAGACAUACCGCCAUCCAGGACACCAGGAGCACCAGCGUCCGAGGGCAGAAGAGGGCGGACAGCCCAGCUCGAGCAGACGGCAAUGCUCAGGCAGUCGCUGGACCAGAAGACGCCCACCUGCCUUGGCCCUUUGCUCGGCCUCCCAGUUCGAAUGUUCAUCAAUUUGGGAAACACCGUCACAGACACACCUAAAAAUAAUGUUUGGCCAGCAAUCCAGGCACCCCUUAGCCCAGUCAGAAUUAGCCAUCGCAGCCUGUCUCCAUUUAACAAAUAAAGCAGCCAUCCAGGUGGCACCCAGAAGGAAGGGAGACAACUCCUGACAGAUGAGCACCAGCGAUGAUACGUGCGGAGAAUGACGAGGACCCGGAUGAGCCAGGUGAGGCUGUGGCUGGGAGUGAGUGGCCCAGGAGGUGAUUCUAAGCUAAGGCAGGGAGGUUGAGCAGAGCCCUGCAGGGUUGUUGGGGAAGCUUUUGGGCAGAGGGAGCACGUGGAGGGAGGAC